AUGCAAUUUUGGUCGCUGGAGGGCGCAGAGGAGGCCUUCGGCGACUUCGGCCGCAUCGACCGCCUCGACAGCAGGACGCUGGAGCGGGGCCACACCAGAACCUUCGCGUUCUGGCUCUGGGCCUGGGAUGUCGCCCACAUCCCGACCAGGCGGGCGCUCUGGGUGCUCAAGAGGGGCGCGGGGCAGGUCGACGAGAUCCUUGGCUACUCUCCUCCGGACCGUCGCGUGCCCCCGCCGCCGGGUGUGCACCGCUACGACCUGCUGCUGCAUGUGGACCGCGUCGAAGACUGGACCCCGCUCUCACCUCUCUCUUCGCACUCGGGCCAGAGCGGGCUCCCCUCCUCCUCCUCUGACGACGACCGCCCCUUCCCCCGCGUCGAGCCUGGAUCCUGGACGGGCAGCAUCGAAGACGGCCAAGAGCAAGGUCGCCGCCCGGCGGCUGCCUGGCUGACAACUGCGUCAUGCCGGGCGGCCCCUAGGGCGGAGCAGCGCGACCACGAUGAUGAUGGAGCCGGUGGGCAGCGGCGCUCGUGGCGCGAUGCGUUCCUUGGCAACUCCUGCCAUGCCAAGGGCAAAGCCACCGAAGUCAUCGAGGCGACUCCAAGACACCGCAGCAGGACGCCAGUGGGGAGCUGGCGCGGCACCCAGGGAUGUGGUCGCGCAAAAAGCAAGGCGCCGGCCGAGGCGCCGCCUCUACGCGCUACCCCGCCGCUCCCACUUCGUCCGGUGGCGAAGGCCCCGCGUCUCGAUGCCCAGGAGCCUGACCCCAUGGCUGCUUUCUUCUCCUUCCCCGGUGGUCGGGCGCUCCCCCCCCCACCGCGCACGGAUGUCAUGCAGCUCGAGAUUGAAAACACCAUGAUCGACGCCCUCAACUCCCCGCUGGCCUUUGAAGACGGUGGGAGCUCGCCGCUGCAUGCCAGGACGCGCUCUGGUGCCAUAGAAGAUUUCCAUGAAGAUGAUGAUAUCCUCCCAUGCAUCGCUGACCUGUCGGCCCCGCUCUCCAGCCCCUACAUCAGCUCGCCUGCUCCGGCCAUGGUGGGGUUUCACGUCGACGCGAUCACGCAGAAGGUGGACUGCCUGCAGCUCGGCGGAGGGUCGGCCCCCUACAUCCAGGAGGCAGGGGAGGGUAACAGCAGCGUGGGGCUGCCACACCUCUUCGCUCCGGUGCAAUAG